GGCCUUGGGCAGAUUCCUCCAAACACUUCUUGCACAGCAAGGCCUCAGCAGUGGCAUAAACCAACCCAACGAACCUCAAACGUUCCAGUUCUUUUCAAAGAUAUACUGAUGAUAAAGCAUGAUUAUGAUGCUGACAAAAGAAAGAAGACUGAAAAAAGGACUGAAAGGAAAAACGAGAAAGAAGCAUAUUCAUCAUGUCCCCCUUUGCUCUACAGGUUACAAGAAAAGCAGAUUAAGGACCUCUACAAUGAAUUAAAAAAACUUGCCUAAGGAGUCAAAUGCAGUAAUUCUCAAUGUGUUGCAAGGCAAUGAUUGGCAGCCUGUAACUGUAAAAAUGAUUAUCUACCUGGUAAACAUAAAAGAAAUGAAACUCAGACAGAGGUAGAAGCUUCAGGUCAUCUUUUCAAGAAAGCCCCAGUACAUUGUUUUGGGUAA